CACGUUGGUUGGACGUAUGCGGAAGUUCCCAUGAUUCCCUGCGACAGAUUUGUGUGUGUAUCGUGUGUGUGUGUGAGGAGGAGAACUAAGUAAAGAUGGCGGCUGAUGGAGUCCCGGGCACGGAGUGUAACCCGGACUUAAACUCAUGGAGCGUCCCGGAGCUGCAGGCCAAGCUGGCGGAGAUCGGAGCUCCGGUUAUGGGCCCCAGAGAGGAGUUAAUGGACAGACUGAAGUCCUACAUGAUGCAGACGGGUGUGAUGUUCACUAAACCCAACUUGAUGGGUGGAGAUGACAAGACCAUGACCACGAUACCAGGUCUGCCUCCGAUGCCCCCGAUGCCUUCCAUGCCGCUGCCUCCGGGCAUGGGCGUGCUGCAGGCAAUGGGCAUGAUGGGAGGUCCACCUCCACCUGCUAUACGCAUGAGCAUGGAGCCGCCGGGUGUCUCCUCCGGCAUGGUGCAGGACGACUCACAGAAGAUGUCUCAGAGGAGCAGUCAGGGGGAUUCCCGAGUGAUUGAGGAGCAGCUAAAGGAACAGGAGCUUCUUGAGCAGCAGAAGAGAGCUGCACAGCUGCUGGAGCACGAGAGGCAGCAAGAGCUGGUUAAGCUGCAGCAGACGGGACCACCGGGAACACGGGCUCCAGAACCAGGACCUGCACCCAACCGGUUACCCCCCAUUCCUCCACUUCGAGUGGCCAUGACAACCAGUGGUCCACCACCUCCAGGAGUUUCCAUGCUAUCACAGAGCAGUCAGAGGCAGAGAGUACCACCUCCACCUGGCGAGGACUCGAGAGAGGUGUGGCAGAGUGACGACAUGGGAAUCGGGCCGAAGAUUCCUCAGGCUCUGGAGAAGAUCCUGCAGCUGAAGGAGAUCAGACAGGAGCAGCUCAUCGCUGCCCCUACAGGAGAGGAUGAUGAUGACACAGCCGACACGGACAUGAACAGCUCUCGUCCAUAUUCAGAUGAUGAAGAGGAAAGCGCUCUCUCGAAAAAGGAUAAAAGCCGCAAACGCCGAAACCGCAAGAAGAAGAAGAAGAAAAAUCAAGAGAAGAGCGAGCAAGUGGAGGGGAGAAAGAGCGAGACUGAGAAGGACAAAAAGAAAGAGCCUGAAGUGGAGAUCGAGUAUGUGACUGAGGAGCCUGAGAUCUAUGACCCCAACUACAUCUUCUUCAAGAGGAUCUUUGAAGCGUUUAAGUUGACUGAUGACGUGAAGAAAGAGAAGGAGAAGGAGCCGGAGAAGACAGAGAAGCCGGAAAUCACCUCGUAUAAGAAGAAAUUCUUAGAGGAAAAGAAAGACAGCGACGACAGUGACGAGGAAAUGAAACCAGAUGUGCCAAACUCCAAAAAGAAGCUGAGAAGGAUGAACAGGCUGACUGUCGCCGAGCUCAAACAGCUGGUGGCGCGUCCAGACGUGGUGGAGAUGCACGACGUGACGGCUCACGAGCCCAAGCUGCUGGUGCACCUGAAGGCCACGAGAAACACCAUACCAGUGCCUCGCCACUGGUGCUUCAAGAGGAAGUACCUGCAGGGGAAGAGGGGUAUCGAGAAACCACCCUUCGAGCUGCCCGAGUUCAUCAAACGCACCGGCAUCCAGGAGAUGAGAGAAGCUUUACAGGAGAAGGAGGAUGCUAAAACCAUGAAGACCAAAAUGCGAGAGAAAGUCCGCCCGAAAAUGGGAAAGAUCGACAUCGACUACCAGAAGCUCCACGACGCCUUUUUCAAAUGGCAGAUCAAACCGAAGCUCACCAUCCAUGGAGAUCUGUACUACGAGGGGAAGGAGUUCGAGACCCGGCUGAAAGAGAAGAAGCCUGGAGAUCUGUCUGAUGAGCUGAGGAUCGCUCUGGGCAUGCCCACUGGCCCCAACUCCCAUAAGGUUCCUCCUCCGUGGCUUAUUGCCAUGCAGAGGUACGGUCCUCCCCCCUCGUACCCCAACCUCAAGAUCCCCGGCCUCAACGCCCCCAUUCCGGAGAACUGCUCGUUUGGAUAUCAUGCUGGAGGAUGGGGUAAACCUCCCGUAGACGAAACGGGAAAACCUCUCUACGGCGACGUGUUCGGAACCAACGCCAUCGACUUCCAGGCCAAGGCAGAGGAGGAGGAAGUGGACCGUACCACAUGGGGUGAACUCGAACCAUCAGAUGAAGAGUCUUCAGAAGAAGAGGAAGAGGAGGAGAGCGACGAGGACAAACCAGACGAGUCUGGUUUCUUCACUCCAGCCGACAGCGGCUUAAUCACUCCCGGUGGCUUCUCCUCCGUUCCUGCUGGCAUGGAGACGCCAGAAUUAAUUGAGCUCAGGAAGAAGAAGAUUGAAGAGGCCAUGGACGGAAACGAAACUCCUCAGCUGUACACUGUGCUGCCCGAGAGGAGAACCGGCCCUGUGGGAGCAGCCAUGAUGGCCUCCACACACAUCUACGACAUGUCCGCGGCCGGAGCUGCUCGGAAGGCGGCCGGCGUGACCGGGUUGGGCGGAGACUCCCAGGGCGUGGAGGUGGCUCUGGCCCCGGAGGAGCUGGAGCUGGACCCGAUGGCCAUGACGCAGAAGUACGAGGAGCAUGUGCGCGAGCAGCAGGCUCAGGUGGAGAAGGAGGACUUCAGCGACAUGGUGGCCGAACACGCCGCCAAACAGAAGCAAAAGAAGAGGAAAGGCCAGCCGCAGGACACCCGCGCCGGAGCCAAGAAAUACAAAGAGUUCAAGUUUUAAAAAGAAGACGAGCGAGAGAUCGAGGAUAAUCCUACCCUCUCUUUUUCAUUUUAGACUCGGCGCUGUAGAAAUAAAGGCGUCCACGUGUAAGCUGAUGAAACCUUUUUUUUCCCCCAUGUUUCACUGUGUUUUGUAAAUAAAAUAUAAACCCAUGCCA